AUGUCAUCAGCAUUGUCAUCUCCAUCGUCAUCUUCAGCAUCAUCAGCGCCUGAGGAAUUAAAACAAUCUUUCCUGGCAUUUUGUAAUUUUGUUAAAAAAGGAUCUACAACAGCAACGGAUAAAACAUUGAAAAAAAUUUGUACAGAUUGUCAAAUUUAUUCAAAAAAGUUGGAUGCUAAUCGUGUUGAUAUUGAAUUUCGUGCACAUAUUGGAAGUGCUAAAAGAGAUGUUGAUUUUCCUGGAUUUUUAAGUUUUAUUGAAGGUAGACUGGCUAAAGUGUAUGCCGCCGCAAAUGGUCUACAACAGGAGGAAGCUGCAGCUGAAAUUAAACGAAAAAUCGCUGAAACAUCACCAGCUAUUCAUGGUGGUACUAAAAUCAGUUCUGAUCCCACCAUCUCAAGGCUGACAGACGUGAAAUCAUUUACUGGUUCGCAUAAAGAACGUUUCAAUGCUGAAACUGGUAAAGGUUUGGGUAAAGCUGGUCGUGCCGACCCAGAACCAUGUUUUACAACUAGUGGGAUUUCAGCUCCAAGAAAAUAA